AACCCUGUCUCGUGCACUCCACUCCAGUUCCCCCAACCCUCCGUCCUCCGCCGCUGCCCCAAUGCGCCCGCCGCGAACACCCCGCCGGCGCGACGCGGCGUCGUUGCAGCCUGCCGCGGCGUUUAGCCCCGGCGACCUCGUGGAGGUGCUCCCUGACGAGCCCGGCCUGCGCGGUGCCCACUUCGCGGCAGUUGUCGUGGGGCCCAGCACCAAGCCCCGGGGCUACACCGUCGAGUACGACGCCCUCCUCGAGUCCGAGGACUCCGACCGCAAGCUCCGGGAGGCCGUGCCGGCUCGGAACCUCCGCCCGCGCCCGCCGCCGCCCCGGGCGCCCACCACGGGGGAGGCGCCCGCGGUGCACGCCGCCGUCGAUGCGCUCCUGGACGACGCCUGGUGGCACGGGGUCACCCUCGGCGGCGCGGAUGGGGCCGGGAAGGUGAAGGUGUGCUUCCCGGAGACCAGAGAGGUCAUGGAGUUCGACGCCUCCGACGUCCGGCCCCACCUCGAGUGGGCCGACGGCGAGUGGUGCUCCCCCGAUAGCAUGGAGAUACCCAGGACAAUGCCAUACACAAAAGGAAUGCAAAUAGAAGUUUCCAAAGUUGAGGAUAAUUCUGUUGUUGCUUGGUUACCUGCAGUUGUGGCAAAGACUAUCUGGAAGAACAACCUCUUAGUGGAGUACACUGUAUCGAAGAGUGGUGGUAUUGCCUUGUCUGAGGAGAUUGUUGAUGUGAAGCAUGUUAGGCCUUGCCCACCACAAGCAUCAGCUAUUAGUUUCUGCAUCAAUGAUGAGGUUGAAGCAUUCCAAGGUGGUGGCUGGUGGCUAGGGGUGAUUACUGAGGUUCAUCCAGAAUUAAAAUACACAAUUAAGUCAAUACAUUUAGGGGUGGAAGUUCAGUUGAGCCAGAAAUUACUGAGGCUUCGAUAUGACUGGGUUGAUGGUCAAUGGAAACAAGAAUCACAGAAUACACUCAAACCAAAACUUACACAUGGCGUCAAGGUUGAAGUCAGCAGCGAUGAUGAAGGUUUUCGCGGAGCUUGGUUUGAGGCAACUGUUGUUAAAUCCGCUGGCAGCAAGUUUCUGGUGGAAUAUGUUGCACUGAAGGCCGAUGACGAGACCAAACCUUUGAAAGAAGCUGUAGAAGCGCGGCACAUUAGACCUUCCCCUCCAUGUAUCCCUGUUGUCGACGGAUUCAAGUUACUUGAUGAGGUUGAUGCCUACUGCAACGAUGGAUGGUGGGUUGGUGUGGUAUCCAAGGUUAUCAGCAAUCAGAAGUACAUGGUCUACUUCAGGCCUUGGAAGGAAGAGAGGGAAUUCGAGCAUGGACAGCUGAGGUUUCACUGCGACUGGAUGGGAGGAAGGUGGAUGCGGGCCUCCCCGGCACUGGAGAUGUGAAGGCUGAAGAACUGGGCGCACACUUUUGUACAGGACCUUGGGGGUAACAGUAACACCCAAAUGAAUGGCCUUACUAGCUUAUCACGCCCCUUUCCUCUCCGCACUCCAGUUCCCUCGUGUCAUAUGGCAUGGCAAAGGUCAGCAAGUUGGGUGAUGAUCAUUUUGCACUUGCUGCAAGUUGCCACUCCGUCAGAUCAGGUGUGCAUUCUGGUAGGUGCAUUCUGCUAGUGUUGAUGGUGACGAACUGGCAUCUGGACUCUGCAGUGCUAAUGUUAGAGAGUUGAGUGACCACGAUCGCUCUAGUAUCUUUCUUCCGUGCCAUGUUUGCAGUAGCUUGCUUGAACACCCAUGAAGAUUUUUUCCCCCAAAAAACCUUGAUCAUCCAUGGGACUUCAAUCUUUUUUCGAAUAUAAAUCGACUCGAAACGAACA